UUCUUGACUACAUAAAACACUUCAGUUCUUUGUUCCAUAGAUAUACAAUCUCUUCUCUUUCUGAUUUAGUUGUUAACUAAAGCAAGGAAUAGGAUGAAGAUGGGUUCAGGAUUUGCAGCUUGGAACGUCUUCCUGUGUCUUCUUCUUUUUAUGUGUGCUUACAGAAGUUGUGCCAAGGAGAUGGCUGAUAUACUCUCGCAGUCGGAAGAAUUAAUAGGCCAUAACCAUGAUGCCCAUCAUCAUGUUCAUGCUCAUCAGUCAUCCCACAUGGAUCACAUGGAUCCUUCAUCUAUGGUGUUCUUCACCAUGAAAGAUCUCAAAAAAGGGAUCACUAUGCCCAUCUAUUUCCGCGUGAAUGAGCUUUCAAAUGUUUUCCCUCAUUUGUUGCCUAGAGAAGAAGCUGAUUCAAUUCCAUUUUCACUGGAAGAGCUUGCUUUCCUUCUAAAACACUUCUCCUUUUCAAAAGACUCAACUCAAGCUAGAGCCAUGGAACAUACACUCAAGCAAUGCGAAAACCAACCCAUUGAAGGAGAAAUUAAACUCUGUCCAACAUCCUUAGAAUCCAUGCUCGAUUUCGCCCGAAGUGCUUUCAGUUCGGGGACUGAAUUUAAAUUUGUAAACACUAGACGCCUCACAAAAUCGACAACUGAAUUCCAAAAUUACACUAUCCUGGAAGUCCCCGACCAGAUAUUUGCUCCCAAGAUGGUAGCAUGUCACACCAUGCCUUACCCUUAUGCAGUUUUUUACUGCCAUAGCCAAGAGACUGAGAACAAGGUAUUCAGAGUUUCACUGGUUGGUGACAAUGGAGAUAGAGUGGAAGCUAUUGCAGUUUGCCACAUGGAUACCUCUAAGUGGAGCCGCGAUCACGCGUCGUUUCGUGUGCUUGGGAUCGAGCCAGGGAGCUCCCAUGUUUGCCAUUUCUUCCAACCAGAUAAUCUCAUAUUUGUUCCAGUUUCUUCCUCCAUUAGUAAUAUCUAAAUUAAUGUUAUGCUGCUUGCUUGCGUGUGUUGUACGUGCCUAUCUAAGUUUCUGCAAAUAAAUGCUGUUUAGUACUGUUGUGCAUCUCCAGUGUGGAAUGGAAUAAUGUCGCUGUAUAUGGGCCGAC